UCCAAUGAGACAAACAAAAGGGACAAAACAAAACAAGAAAGGAAAACACAAAUCCCUUUCCGUGUCUUAAGCGAACUGUCACAUCCGUACGUGCAUCGUAUAAAGAGGAAAAAUACCCUCCAACUACACUAAUUAUUACUCACUCUCUCUCUCUGGUUUCUUCUCUUCUUUCUCGGGCAGUGAAAGAAUUGAAGAAAGAAAGUUUUUUUUUUCUUCUGAGAAGAUGACUUCGUCGUUGUCGUGGGAGAUGCAACUAGUGGAAACAGCUAAAGAGGAACUCGAGAUUCUUCAGUCUCAGUAUCCCAACCGCUUCGCCUACCUCAAAUCCGAUCUUCAAUCUUUCAUUUCUCACCUCCGUGAAGAUCACGCGCCGCCGCGUAUACCAUCCUCCUCCUCCUCCUCCUCCGUCGUUCUUACUCAAGAGUCAUCAAACUGUAAGAAUAAGCAAAAACAUAAGAAGAGAAAGUGUGUCAUGGACAAUUUCGGAGACCAAGCGUCGUCGUCAACAAUGGGAAAGAUCCACAAGAACAAUAAUAACAAGAUGGGUGAGAGAGUGGUCACGAAGAGAAAAAAUAGAGUUGAAAUGGUUCUUGAGAGAGCUCAACUUUGUCUCCAGAAGAUAAGAGACGUGAAAGCCUCUUUGUGUUGACCUUUUUUUUUACAUCUUUUGCUGAAAUGUAUAAGGAAAAAUAGUUACCGUCCGAGAAAUGUAUUGCAAAGUGAUGAAAAGUAAAGUGCUUCUCGAAAAAUAGGUAUAGACAGUUGAAUAAUGUAUCUGUCUUUUUGGUCAAUGAGAAAGACUUUAAUUUUUUUA